GAGUUCCAUGCAAAGAACAGAAAAGCGUCCAACGUCUGGUGGGCUUGAAGAAUCUGGUCGAAACAUCAUGCGCCAGAAUUUGGCAAGCGCAUAAUGCUUCACCUGAGGCAUACGAUGCCAGCCAUUUCCUCGACAAUCUCCCGCUUGUUGAUCAUCUUUCAUUCAUGGAAGCUCUUCCCGAAGCAACAUUCCCUGCUCUAACUUAGUAACUAGCAGGGAAGCUGCUUCAAACAUUGCCUACAUCGUUGUCAAGCCUACGGGACAUAGUGAUGAACUUGUACAUACCCAAUGCACUACUUUCUGCAGAAGUUAGCGUUCAAUACUUUGGCGACAUCGUGUGGCUGUCGUUUGCGAUUGCUGGAUCAAUCUCGUUCGCAGAGGAAUGUAGUUCCCGAGCACUCAUUGUGGCUAUGAAGGCGUCCUCAUGUACCCAUCUAGGGAUAACAUCCAAGGAGGUGGAAGAGAUCGCGAACGCACUUGAUUCUACACCCGUGGAAUCGCUCAAGCACAUUAUUGUAUGUGGCGACGUGGAUUUAGCUCCUCUUCAUGUCACAGGCCUGGAGAUAUGUAAUGUAUGUCUGGUUCAAUUUGUAUACGCCCCCCCUCCCCCUCCCCUGAAAUUGACCACGAUCACAAAGUAUAUCCCGGAUUAUAGGCAAGAAAGAGCAUCCUAUAGACAUUCUCUACCCGGAGGAUCGGAGCACAAGCGUCAUCACCCCGAAGAAGUUGUGGAACUUCUGCCAGGCGGUACAGUAGCGAACGGGUCUCUUGGUAAGCCGAGGUGGUCCGCUACAUCGAACGUCAUACGUCUGUCCCGGUUCCCAGAAUACGGUUAGCGUUCCGCCGCAAGAACGAUACAUAUCUCGUGAUGGAUUGUAUU